GCACAAAUGCUUUUCCCCUUUCCUUUCUCUCUCCUCUCCUCUCCUCUCACCCAUCCAUUCCACACAUCCAUCCAUCAGGAUUCUGUAGAGAGAGAGAGAGAGGGAGGGAGAGAUUGCGGGGAGGAGAGAAAGAGAUUGUGCUGGUUCUCGGUGCCCGGCGGUUCGGCGGUUGGUAUUCGCUUGCUCGCGUCCAUUGCAGGAAGAAAGAGAGUUGAAUCCAUCCAGCAAACCCAUGGGAGCUGGCUCCUGAGCAGCGGCGGCGGGCGGGCGGGCGUAUCUGCUGGGAGAUGAAACUGGAAGAGAAUCAAGGUUUUGCAUUAUCUGCCAUUCCAAUAUUUCCUUCUAGUAGUAGACAUCAUGGGGUCUGGAUCAGUGACUCUGAAGCAAAAAAAACGAGUGAAACAUACAAAGAACAAGUACUUGAAGCCUGGUGCCCUGGCUCAGAUUCGUUAUAGUAGGAGCACAAGCAGGGAUAUAGGGAAGAAGCGGAUUCUGUUGAAUGUGGAGAAGGAUGAUGAGCUGGAGAUAUCACCACAUGCCGAGGUUGUGUUUGAAAGCAGUACACCAAUUAUGUCUCCAGCAAGACUCAGUUUUGAGCCAUUUAGUGGCAUCAAGGGGCAGUUGUUGCCAACAACUCCGAAGACUCCUCAAGCAGCUGAUUGUGAUGGCCAUUCAAGGCUUGAGUCACUUCCACUUGAUCUGCUGAUCAAGAUUGUGUGUUACUUGCACCAUGACCAGCUGAAGGCUGUUUUCCACGUUUCAUCAAGGAUCCGGAAGGCAGUGGAACUGGCAAGGCAGUACCAUUUCAACUACACCACUCCAGAUCGUAGCAGGCAGGAACUGCUCCAAAACAAGACCCCUCUCCGGAGUGAGCAUUGGCCUUUCAUGAGCAGAAUAGACGGCAAGGAUGUGAGGGUGGCCACCCCAAGGACCCCAAAGGCUCCAAAACACGGCCCUCGGCCUUCGCGUUUCAAGCUGCUGGACGUGAAGCCGAUCACAGCCGUCCUUUUCCCAGAUUCGUUGCCUUCAAAAAAGCUCCGGCUGCGGCGUCUGAUGCCGCCAGGACUGCCAAGGCCUGUACCCAAAGCCGCAGCCUCUCCCAGAGUUUUGCUAUAUGAGGAAGAGCUUUGCGAAGCGGUGGUGCAGAAUAAGCUUCUAUGAAGCCCCAAAAGCGUGAGCUGGUUGCGAUGGAUUGAUGUCGCUUCUCAUGUCUCAUCUCAUAAUAAUGUAUAUAUAGUGCUUAUCAUUUAUGUCUUGUCUCUGGGUAUGUUUUUUCUUUGCCUGGUGGCACCUGUGUGUCAUCUUGGAUAAUUAUGGUCAGAUUAGGCAGUUUUAGGUUAGUCAUUAGCCUGUCAUACUCUCCUGCUCAUAAGGACCAAAAGUCUGGUUUGUUCCCUGGUUUUGUAUAUACUAUAGUAGCGGUUGAAAUAUCUUGCAAGGAUAAUAGUAUUUUAAAUGCAAAAUUGGUGUCUGCA